UUGGAUGUACGGUGCAGUAUUAAUGUCGUUGCCGUGGGACUUCGUGGCGAUGGCGGUAUUACCAAAAAUAAUAUUAACAAACACUUGCAACACAGGAGGGGAAUUACGAUACGACAAGAACAGUUAGGCUAUUAUUGUGUAUUUCGCAUAGGUGCUCAUUAAAAGAAGUUUUUACCGUCCAGUAGUUGCACACGUGAUCCGGUGCAAUGGCACUAGCGGUUUUAGGAGCGAGAGCGGUUCUUGUCAACCUGAGGUCCAAUCUCCAAAGAGGAAACCUUUUUGGUCGAAUCAGACUCCUCCGGACUUCCACGUCAUCGUGCCUGCUCAAGAGGAGGCAGAUUCUGAUCAACAUCCCCAAGGUGGCUUUGCUGUGUUGGGGCACGGCCAGCGCGUCCUCGGCCAAAUGCCAACAAGCGUCUCUGCCGGUCCGCAUCACCAACAGGAAGUCUCUUGCCAAGGUUCAAGUGCACAAACUGGUCUUUCUCCUCCGCCUGGGCCUACGUGCGGUAGUGCUGUUCCUGAAAUUCUCCCCCAUCCUGCUCCUCUACCCCUUGGCGCUCGUGUCCACUCGCUGGGCCUCGUUCUGGUUGGACGCCCUGCUGUGGGUGACCGAAAGUUCGGGCCCGGCCUUUAUUAAGCUGGGGCAGUGGGCCAGCACCAGGCGGGACAUCUUCCCUCCAGAGUUCUGCGACCGCUUCUCCCGGCUGCACGUGAAGGUACGUCCUCACCCCUGGGCCCACACUAAGCAGUGUCUCGAGAGGGCGUUCGGGGAGGGCUGGAAGAAGGUGCUCGCGUUCGAGAGCAAGGAGCCGGUGGGCUCGGGGUGCGUGGCGCAGGUUUACCGCGGCUGGGCCAACAAGGACCAGGUGGAGGACCCGGACUUCCAGACGCUGGUGGAGGAGAUGGAGAGGGAGGAUCUCCGGCAAGCGUGGGAGAUCCCUGGUCUGAGCGGAAUGGGAAGUUCGGUGUGGAAUCUCUGGAAGGGAGGAAGCAAGGACGACGGAGAGACGCUGCUUGAACAGAACAUCGCUCAGAAGGAUCACAUGAUACCUGUGGCCAUCAAGGUGCUCCACCCGGGCUUGAGGCGGCUAGUGGAGACGGACCUGCUGCUGAUGAAGGCCGCCAGCUUUCUGCUGCACUGCCUGCCCGGACUCAAGUGGCUCAGCCUGCGCGAGAUCGUCGACGAGUUCGAGAAGCUCAUGACCAAGCAGAUCGAUCUCCGUUACGAAGCCAAGAACAUGGAGCACUUCCGCGAGAAUUUCCGCAAGGUGGACUACGUCAAGUUCCCCACUCCGUUACGCCCUUUCGUCACCCGGACCGUUCUAGUUGAAACGUUUGAAGAGAGCGAGCCCAUCUCCGACUACCUGAGAGCGGAGACCCCCCAGGAGGUGAAACGCAGGAUUGCCAGGAUGGGAGUCGACACCCUGCUAAAAAUGGUUUUCGUGGAUAACUUCGUCCACGCGGAUCUCCAUCCAGGCAACAUCUUGGUGCAGUGUUGCGGCCCACCCUCAGGCUCCUCAGACGGGCCCGCCGGAGACGGCGGUAAGACCACCCUCACCGACCUGUGGGACACGGUGGUGGUGAGCGUCAGGCCCGAGCCGCGCCCUCUGCAACUGGUGCUGCUGGACGCCGGCAUCGUCGCCCAGCUGAGCAGCCACGACCUGGACAACUUCAAGGCCGUCUUUACAGCCGUGGUGCGGCGGCAGGGCGAGACGGUAGCAGAGCUGAUCCUCCAUCACGCUCGGGCCAACGAGUGCAAAGACGUGGCGCGCUUCAAGGAGGACAUGGCGGACCUGGUGGACGUAGCCCUCAGCAGCACCCUCUCCCUUGGAAAAAUCCAGGUCGCUGACUUGCUUUCCAGAGUCUUCGGCCUGCUCAUCAAACACAAGGUGAAGCUGGAGAGUAACUUUGCAUCCAUCGUGUUCGCCAUCAUGGUGCUGGAGGGGCUGGGCCGCUCCUUGGACCCAAACCUGGACAUCCUGGAGCUGGCCAAACCGCUGCUGCUGAAAAACUGUGCCUCACUUGUAUAAAUCAACACGACACAUUGAUGCUUACAUACCUCAACGAAGUUGGAUCGAUUGUUAUUGUCCUGUUGACACUUGCCGACACUCAAAAAUGGAGGAUUCAUUCAUGGACAAACACUAUUAGUGCUACGAGAGGAAAAAAAAACAUUUGUUCAUAUACAGUGAAGAAAAUGAGUGAACACCCUGCUAUAUUGCAAGUUCUCCCACUUAGAAAUCAUGGAGGGGUCUGAAAUGUUCAUCGUAGGUGCAUGUCCACUGAGAGAGAGAUAAUCCAAUAAGAAAAAUCCAGAAAUCACAAUGUAUAAUUUUUUAAAGAUUUAUUUGUGUAAUUCAGCUGCAAAUAAGUAUUUGAACACCUGAGAUAACCAAUGUUAAUAUUUGGUACAGUAGGCUUUGUUUGCAAUGACAGAGGUCAAACAUUUCCUGUACUUGUUCACCAGGUUUGCACACACUGCAGGAGGGAUUUCGGCCCCACUCCUACAGACAGAUCUUCUCGACAUCAGACAGGUUUCUGGCCUGUCGCUGAGAAACACAGAGUUUCAGCUCCCUCCAAAGAUUUUUUAUUGGAUUUAGGUCUGGGGAUUGGCUAGGCCAUGCCAGAACCUUGAUAUGCUGCUUACGGAGCCACUCCUUGGUUUUCCUGGCUAUGUGCUUCGGGUCAUUGUCAUGUUGAAAGGCCGGGCCACGACCCAUCUUCAAUGCUCUGACUGAGGGAAAGAGGUUGUUCCCCAAAAUCUCACAAUACAUGGCCGCGGUCAUCCUCUCCUUGAUGCACUGCAGUCGUCCUGUGCCAUGUGCAGAAAAAAAUCCCUCAAAGCAUGAUGCUACCACCCCCAUGCUUCACAGUAAGGUCGGUGUUCUUGGGAUGGAACUCAUCAUUCGUCUUCCUCCAAACACGAUAAGUGGAAUCAUGACCAAAAAGUUCCAUUCUAGUCUCAUCUGACCACAAAAAUUUCUCCCAUGUCUCCUCUGUAUCAUCCAAACGGUCAUUGGGCCUUGGCAUGUGCUGGUUUAAGCAGGGGAACCUUCCGCGCCAUGCAUGAUUUCAAACCAUGAUAACUUAGUCUAUUACCAACAGUCACCUUGGAAACGGUGGUCCCAGCUCUUUUCAGGUCAUUGACCAAGUCCUGUCGUGUAGUCCAGGGCUGAUUCUUCACCCCACGAGGUGAUAUCUUGCAUGGGGCUAACUCUCCGAUUGAGAUUGACCGCCAUGUUUAGCUUCUUCCAUUUUCUAAUGAUUGCUCCAACACUGGACCUUUUUUUCCCACCAACUUGCUUGGCAAUUUCUCCGUAGCCCUUUUCAGUCGUGUGGAAUUGUACAAUCUUGUCUCUGGUGUCUUUGGACAGGUCUUUGGUCUUGGCCAUGUUACAAGUUUGAGUCUUACUGAUUGUAUGGGGUGGACGGGUGUCUUUAUGCAGCUAACGACCUCACACCGGUGCAUCUGGUUCAGGAUAUGGUGGAGUAGAGGUGGACUUUUAAAGGCGGACUAACAGGUCUUAAGAGGGUCAGAAUUCCAUCUGGUAGAACAGGUGUUCAAAUACUUAUUUGCUGCUGUAUCGCACAAAUCAUUAAAAAAUUGUGCUUUGUGAUUUCUGGAUUUUUCUUAUUGGAUUAUCUCUCUCAGUGGACAUGCACCUACAAUGAAAAUUUCAGACCCUCUCCAUGAUUUAUAAGUGGGAGAACUUGCAAUAUAGCAGGGUGUUCAAAUACUUAUUUUCUUCACUGUAGCCGUUAUCAUCAUCAAAAAAACAAAACAAAACACAUUGCUACUUAUAUAUUAGGAUAUCAUCUUUUAUAAAUAAGAAAGAAAAUAUACUGUAUCAUGCUGGCAACUGUCAUCUUUUCUAUGUAAACAGCUUUAAAGAUAGAUAGCAUGUUGAUUCUGCAUUCUGGUAAUGCCACCGAACGGCUACCUGCCCUGUUAUCUUCUCUCCAUCUUUUUCCUUUAACGUCAGCUUUACAGAUGCCAGGUCUGCCCUUUUGCUGCGAUAAAUGACAGCUCCGGUGGUUUCUAGUCGGUUAUUUUUAACUUGAAAUUAUUUGGUAAAUAAUUGGGGUACAGUGAUUUUUUUUUUUUGUUGUUGUUUGUUUUUAAGUUUUUCACGUUUGUAAAGA